GCACCGUUGUUGAGGAAAUGGCGGACGAAUUGAAAGGAUGCGUUAUGAUGUCGACACCGAAAGCAAAAUAUUCUGCAGCUCGACGCAGCCUUCCUGAUGACACACGACCUUGGUCACCUGAUCAUGUUGAAAAUAUACAUCCAUGGUCUUCUCCAGUGAUCUGCCAGAAAUCCAAUGUGUAUUCUACGACCUGUGACAUUCGCCGCACAUUGUUAGAAGGGAAGAUGGAAGGCCGACUGGCGUUUGGCUCUCCAUCCUACCCGUCCCCGCUGGACCGAGUUCGAUCCCACAGGAAGGACCGGGCUCUACAGAUGGGUCUGCCCUCCUACGCUGAGGAGUCGUUUGAGCUGAACCAGUCCUACCCGAAAGUCUCCAAGCCGAAGCUUAAUCAGCAAGAGUUGUCUGCUCCCAAGAUCAGCAUUGGUGAUGGUCUCAAUGACUUCAGUUUCUCUCCCGGUCUGUGUAAGGGUUCGUUCUCCACGGCCGGUGACUCACUGAGUGGACAGUCUCUCAAUGAGAGUUGGUCGUUCUACAACUACGUGGGCGGCGGCCAGAGCGGUGUGGCCUUCCCCACCACCGUGCGCAACCCCAACAAGGCGAUAUGCACCAUCAAUGCCAAGACGUCGGAGAUUCUGAUAGCGAAUGACAUGGCGUGUGAACUGUUCGGCUACGACCAGUCUGAUCUGGUGGGGAUGAAGCUGAAGGAUUUAAUACACCUCAAACCACGCGACCAGAAAACACUGGCCGAGUCGCAUCUCGAGCCAACAGGGGAAGUUGUCUCCCUUUCCGGAAUAGUGGUUGAUGCGAUUGACUCGAACGAUCUCGUCCUCCCCGUUUCUCUGUGGGUGAAGAAACUUGACUACCAGGCCGAAACUCGCUGCCUCUGUGUCAUGGAACCAGUCGACCGGUCCGUUGGAACUGUCGUCUUCGACAAGAAGGGAUCCGUUUUGUCCUGUGACCAGAGAAUGGCCAGUCUCCAUGGUUACCCUUCACCAGAUGAGAUCCGCGGGCUGUCGAUGAGACAUCUGAUUCCCACAUUCAAGCAGCCCAGUUCUCAGUCGUUCAGCAAGGACGUGAAGAAACAGCAGGCGACGGGGAAGACUAAAUCCGGCGCUUUGUUUCCUCUCAGUAUCAUGGUGAGCCUGGCGGACGAGUCAAAGGACAUGCGCAACAUUCCUCCAGAUACAGAGUCGAUACUGAAGUCACAUGAGCCCGAUGAGGUGUUUGUGGGCAUGAUCUGGGUGUUUGCCAACAUCAGCGGCAUGAUAACGUUCCUGCCGGACGGCACCAUCCACAACGUCAACGAGAACUUCUCCAGGAUGCUGUUUGGCUUCAACAAGGACGAGCUGGUCGGAAAGGAUAUUUCAACACUUAUUCCUGACUUCUACGACAUUCUGGAUCUCGAAGAUGAUGACAUGCCACUCCCUCCCCUCGGUGAUGAAAUUGUAACAACAAACGUCAACGGUGAUGAACUGCUGGAUGAUCACCAUGGAGUCUUGAAAGAACUUCAAGAACUGAAUUUAGACUCCCCCGAGGUGACAUCCACCCCAAGAUCUAGAGUCUCUUCACAUAGCAGAUUUGAUGAUAAAAAACAGCCAGUUCCUCAACAGCUGAUAGAAGAUCAAACCAAAGAUCCCAUAACUGAAUGUAGAGUUUCAGAAAACAGUAUUCCCAGUGAGAACUCUGAAUGUAGAGUUUCAGUUAUUAAUAUCCUCAGUGAGAACUCAGAAUGUGAGAACUCUUCCCAGGCCCUGUGUACGCAAGCAAACAAUGAACGCUUCUUUGAAAGACUUUCACGCGAGAUCGACGCCGACAAAGAAGACUCGAACGCAGAUAGUUCCCAGGACUCUGUCCUUGACCAGUCGAAUGUCAGUACCGGUACCGACGAAUUGUUUAUGUCAUCUAUCAAACUGGAAGACUCGUCAAGUCAGAAAAGUUGUACCGAUUCGGAUGACGUAAAUUCUGGCCAGGACGGUAUAAAUGCUGACAUCAGCAGCGACGACAGCACCAGCGAUGCUAGAACGUUGGCUGCAGAUUUGACGGAUAAAAAUAGAAAACAGAAAACAUCUGUUGACUUCCACAAACAAGUGAUGCAUAAUAAUUUAGUCAAUUGUGUGGAAACUAGUUCAGAUUCUGGAGAAGGGUCGUUUGCGUGUUUCGGCGAAAAAGCGACAAAUCUCCUUCCGUUAUUUUCAAAUAAUAAUCACAGUUUUGCAAUACAUUCAACGAGUGACCCACUUAUCCAUGACGAGUCGAGUUACUUCAGUCGAGACGAGUUGGAUUCCUACCCCUGUGCUGAUUCUAGUUCUUCGGGAAAUACGUCCCGGCCGUGUCACGCCGAUAAGUCCUGCUACAGUUCAGACUCUGCGUAUGCGAACGAUGUUCAGUCAGGGGGUGACGGGGCUGAUAGCAACGUAACGGAGUCUGGCGUGCGGCCGUCAGGAACUCAGACGUCGCACACACAACCACAACAGUCGCACAAGUUCCCCGGUGGAAGCUUCUCUGGUUUCUGUCGCCACAGAGAUGGACAACGUUUACCAAUCAUCUUCCAGGUAAAACCGGUUGAACUGGAGGAUGGCAGCAUCAUGUAUUGUAUGUGGAUAUCACGUGACCCGGAGGAACCGGGAGAAGGGGGAAGGUCGUUCGCGAACCUGACGCUGGCGUCAAGUCUCAACAGCACCUUAGACAAAUCAUCAGUCAGUCUCGGAGAGCUGUUGGCUGACAAGGCGAACUCUGAGUCGAAGUUGGAGGAACCGGAGGAGCCGAGACCGACGCCGUGCGUUGUUGACGCUGCAGAUGAUCCCGGUAAAGGCGAAUACAACGAGAAUUAUAUGACACUUGACUCCAUCGGAAAGGGGGCGUUCGGCUUCGUCAAACUCGGACGGCGCAAAUCCGACUGUGAAGAGGUUGUCGUCAAGUUCAUCCGUCGUGCCAAGGUUCUGUCGCUGUGCUGGGUGGACCACGACGAGUAUGGCAAGAUACCACUCGAAGUCGGGCUGCUUCUCGCCCUCAGUCAUCCAAACAUUGUCAGAGUUCUCGACGUGUAUCAGAACACCGACUUCAUACAGAUGGUGAUGGAAAAACACGGGAGUGGGAUGGAUCUGUUUGAGUUUAUCGACCGAGGACCACUGCUUGACGAAGCUCUGUGUAGCUACAUGUUCAGACAGAUGGUGUCGGCGGUAGUGUAUCUCCACUCUAAAAACAUCGUGCACCGCGACAUCAAGGAUGAAAACAUCAUCGUGUCGGAGAAGUUCAACAUCAAGCUGAUUGACUUCGGUGCUGCCACCUACCUGAAACCGGGCAAGCUGUUUGCUACGUUCUGUGGGACCAUUGAGUACUGCAGCCCGGAGGUGCUCCUGGGAAACAAGUACAAAGGGCCGGAACUGGAGGUGUGGUCAAUGGGUGUGACGCUAUAUACCCUGGUGUUUGGUGAGAACCCGUUCUUUGAUAUCGAGGAGACGAUACAGGGCACGCUGAAUCCACCGUUUAAAGUGUCCAGAUCGUUGAUGUUUCUGAUUUCCUGGUUACUCCACCCCGACCCGGUGUGUCGAGCCACAGUGCGCGAUGCUGAACGCAACGCGUGGGUCAAUCAGCCCAUUCACAUCUCGCUCUACAAGUGGUCACAAGUACUGCCUAACUGUGAAUUCCACGGCAACACGGCUUCGGACAACCGAAAAGACACCUCACACACUCCUGUCGACUCUUUCACCUCGUCAAAAACGGACGAUUCUCCGAUUGACAUGGUCAACUUACAGAAGUUUAAGAACGUCUUGUCUUUGGACGACUCUUCCGAUUACUACUGAAUAAUCCGCGUUCACCAUUUGAAAAUAUUUAUAUACAGUUGGAUGUCUGAAUCUCAACUCGGUUAUCUCGUCGCACCAGGCCAUUUCAAGGUCUAGAAAAGCUCCCAUGGCAUGAUUUUUAUUAACAACGGUUUUGCUUACAUUAUGCUAUUAGGUUCAUUCCUUUGAACAUCGUGUUAGAGAUGUUUGACUGUACUUCACUGUAUGGCAGAAACGAGCACACAGAAGAGAGUAAGCACCUUUCAGCCAGUCGUCUCGGUUCAAAAUGUAUUUUCUCAAGCUGUGCCGGGUCCAGCUGAACAAGAUAGGACUUGCUAUAUGACCUGCCUCGGCUGUAUCUCAUAUCUGCCUCAACCAUUUCUACUUACUGUCUGCCUGAACUAUUUCUACUUACUGUCUGCAUCAACCAUUUCUACUUACUGUCUGCCUUGGCCAUUUCUACUUACUGUCUGCCUUGGCCAUUUCUACUUACUGUCUUCAUCAACCCUGUCUGCCUCAACCAUUUCCCGUCUGCCUCAGCUGUUUCUCCAGUCUACUUAAUGUCUGCCUUGACCAUUUGUACUUACCGUCUGCCCCAACUGUUUCUACUUACUGUCUGCCUCACCCAUUUCUACUUACUGUCUUGACCAUUUCCACUUACUGUCUUCCUCGACCAUUUCCACUUACUAUCUGCAUCAGCCAUUUCUACUUACUGUCUGCCUCAACCAUUUCUACUUACCGUCUGCCUCGACCAUUUCUACUUACCGUCUGCCUCACCCAUUUAUACUUACCGUCUGCCUCGACCAUUUCUACUUACUGUCUGCAUCAACUAUUUCUUCUUACUGUCUGCAUCAACCAUUUCUACUUACUAUCUGCCUCACCCAUUAUUACUUACUGUCUCCCUCAACUAUUUCUACUUACUGUGCAUCAACAAUUUCUACUUACUGUCUGCCUCGACCAUUUCUACUUACUGUCUGCCUUAAUCUGCCUCGACUGUCCAAGUAACCCGAUUUUAAAAGCCAUACUUCAUAACAUAAACACAGCUGUGAUCAGAAUAACAGCACAAGAGCAUUUUAAUUGUCGUAUUAUAUUAGUGAUGUCCGGGGUGGUCAGAACUAAGAAGAUGUGUGGCAAAGUAGUCUCUAGUCAAGGUGGUCUCUAUAGACAGGUGGACGUUAUAUGGAGGUUACAAGUAGAUUAGUUCCAUAUUGUGAACAGGAUGAUGGGUAUGAAUUGAAGUCUGGUACACUGAACUGUUGCAUUUCCUAUUUCCUGUGCAUACAAAUUUAGGUUUUAUCUAGGUUUGAUGUAGGUUUCAUGUAUUUAUUGUGUACUAUAAUAUACUAGAAUAUGCAUUCUGCAUUGCAUGUACGAGAAUGCUAAAAUGACCAGUGCUAUGCAUGAUGAACAUUGCAGGACAAAUAAAUGAUAAAUAUUAA